AUGGUCUACAGUGGUGAAAGGGCCGGGUUAACCAGACUGCAGAAGAUCCAACUUGUCCGCUAUAGGCUACGAUUUAUCAAGCAGCUUGGGGCUUGUUACUUAGUUUAUCCAGGGGCUUCGCACAACAGAUUCGAGCAUAGCCUAGGAGUAUGUCAUUUGGCAGGAGAACUGGUUCGGGCCAUCAAAAACAGACAACCACAGCUCCAUGUCUCCAGCAAAGACAUUCUAUGUGUGGAGAUCGCUGGACUAUGCCAUGACCUCGGCCAUGGUCCAUUUUCUCACCUGUUUGACAGGAAGUUCAUCCCACAGGCCAAUCCUGGCGUCAAUUGGGAGCAUGAGGAGGCCUCUGUGGACAUGUUUGAUCACCUGGUGAAAAAGAAUGGACUGGAUACAGAAUUUGAUAAGUAUGGCCUCACAGGUACGGAUCUUAUCUUCAUCAAGGAGCAAAUAAAAGGACCGUCCGAAGAGAACUGGCGAUUUGAAGGACGUGACAAAAGCAAAGGCUUUUUGUAUGAGGUUGUUGCGAACAAACGGAAUGGUAUUGAUGCGGACAAGUGGGAUUACUUUGCCAGGGACUGCCACAACCUUGGCAUCCGAAACAAUUUUGAUCACCUGAGAUUUAUCAAGUUUGCUAGAGUCUUGGAGGUUGAUAGUGAACUUCAAAUCUGUUCAAGGGACAAGGUAGGUGACUUGUGCUAUUUUCUUUGAUCA